AUGGCCCACAUCUGUCUGUGGCUGGUGGUAGGGGCCAUGCUCGGCUCCAUCCCUGCUGGCUCUCUUGAGGAGGGCAUACGUUGGCUCAAUAUAAGAAAAAACAAGAAAGUCUUACUUCUUUUGUAUCAACUGCAAAGGAUCCCUCCUUACAAGUGCCUGGAAGACAGAAGCAACUUCAAAUUUCCUUGGACUCGGGAGAAAACCCUCCAAAUGAAGAAGACACAACGCACCUGUCUUCACCACACGAUGCUCACGCAUAUCUUAACUGUCUUCGCAACAAAGCACAGCUUUGCUGAAUGGGACCACGACCACCUCUCUGAAGUACUGUCCAUCCUUCAACGGACCCUGGAGGAGCUGGAGAGCCAGGCGAAAGAGGAAGGAAAUAGGCUGGCUUGCGCCAAGGUGAAAAGUCUCGUCCAGAGGUACUUCCAAGGAAUCUAUCAUUACCUGGAAGAGAAGAAAUACAGUUCCUGUGCCUGGGAGGUCGUUUUAGUGGAAAUGAUGAAACGCCUUGGGACAAUGUAA